UGUGGGGGUGGCUCUGCUCAGCGAAAGUUUGCAGAGAAAAACUUUUAAGCUGUCACUGGCUGUCGGUGGGAGACUGAUGGAGGACGGAGGGGACAGCUACUCGCAAACAGACGUCAACGCCGACUUACAAACAAGUCCAAAAAGGCUGAGAAUGCAACAGACGCAGCACCGGGAGGCAGACCAUGUUCAGGCCUAAAUUGGAGAAGUUUGCAGGGAUUGUGACAGUUUAAAGUGCACGGUCGCAACGGAGAGAAAAGUGCAUUCAAACACAGAUGGAAAUCAUUUGAAUUGACAGACGACGCGGUGUCAGAAAGGCGUUAAAUGUUUCUAAAAUACAGGCUGCUACCGUCCUGACAAGAUGACCCGUUUGGACUGCGGGUUUCACGCUUCUGGACGAGGAGUCUCUCCCAUUCACAUAUUCAUCGCACUUCUGGCGGUCCUGGGAAACUGCAAAGCAUUAGGAUUAUCACAUGAAACAGAGAGAUCUCAUCUGCCUCAGUAUGAAGUGGUUCACCCCACUAGAGUGGAUGCCAGAGGUCACUUCCUGUCCAACUUCCUAUCUCACCACGCUCGCCGUGUACAGCGCCGGGAAGCCUCAGAGGGACCAGCGGACGUAGAUCGCGUCUUCUACCAGUUGUGGCAUGGCGGUCACAGUUUGCACUUUAACCUCACCCUCAACCCACACCUGCUGGCUCCAGGCUUUGUGACUGAGAGGAGGUAUGGAGGCCUGGAUGGAGCACAGAUUCGCCCUCCUGGAUCCUCACAGUGCUAUUUCUUAGGUGAAGUGUGGGAUGAGGCUGUUGGUAAAGGAAGCGCAGCCAUAAGUACCUGUGAUGGGAUGACAGGACUGUUCAAGUUGUCCGAUGAAGAAUUUUUUAUUCAGCCUCUUGAGAAGUCGAGCGAUGAGACCUCAGCACCUCAGGCCCACGCCAUCUACAAACGCCAUGUGUCCCCUUCCCCCAGGAGUCCAGUCGUACAGCCCAUCUCAGGGAAACAAGCUCUCAACGGUACCUGUGGAAUCAAAAAUUCCAUUCACAGUAUUGACGACACAGAGAGACAGCGGGAGCGGUGGGAGCGCCGACGGCAGAGGAGGAGGAGAAUUCGUCAGCGCUCAGUCAGCAAAGAGAAGUGGGUGGAAACGCUAGUGGUGGCCGACCCAAAAAUGGUGGAGCAUCAUGGGAGCAAAGCUGUGGAAAGCUACGUCCUGGCUGUCAUGAACAUUGUGGCAGGUUUGUUCCAAGAUGCCAGUAUCGGAAAUGCAAUCAACGUUGUGGUUGUUCGGCUCAUCCUAUUGGAAAAGGAUGAGGAUGACUUGAAGAUUACACACCACGCUGACAACAGCUUGAAUAGCUUCUGUAAGUGGCAGAAGAAACUCAACAUGAAAGGAGAGGAACACCCGCUGCACCACGAUGUUGCAGUUCUGCUAACCAGGAAGGACAUCUGUGCAGCCAUCAACAUGCCCUGUGAGACUCUGGGCCUGUCUCAUGUGGCGGGGAUGUGUCAGUCUCAUCGUAGCUGCAGCAUCAGUGAAGACACAGGCCUCCCAUUGGCCUUCACUGUAGCUCACGAGUUGGGACACAACUUUGGGAUUCAGCAUGAUGGCAACGGUAAUGACUGUGAACCCAUUGGGAAACGACCUUUCGUCAUGUCUCCACAGCUCCUGUACGGCACGUCCCAGCCCAGGUGGUCACGCUGCAGUCGCCAGUAUAUCACCCGCUUCCUCGAUCGCGGCUGGGGCUGGUGCCUUGAUGAUGCCCCGGUGAAGGAUAGGCUGUCUCUGAACUCGGUGCUUCCUGGGGUUUUGUACAGCGCUGCCCAUCAGUGUCGGCUGCAGUAUGGCUCUGGGUCCCUUCUCUGCGAUGACAUGGACAAUGUGUGCAGCACUCUGUGGUGCACUGUGGGAACAACCUGCCACUCAAAGCUGGAUGGGGCUGUGGAUGGGACGAGUUGUGGGGAGGACAAGUGGUGUUUCAGCGGAGAGUGUGUAGCAGUUGGAUAUGAGCCAGGUGGUGUUAAUGGUGGCUGGGCAUCAUGGAGUGAGUGGACGGCCUGUUCGAGGACGUGUGGAGCCGGAGUCAAGAGCGCCCAUAGAGACUGUGAUAAUCCAGUGCCCAAGUACAGAGGGAAGUAUUGUCUGGGAGAGAGACGGAGGUACAAGAUCUGCAACACCACACCGUGUCCUCAAGAGCUGCCCUCCUUCAGAGACAUUCAGUGUAGUCACUUCAAUACCAUACCGUACAAGGGCAAGUUCUACAAGUGGGAAGCAGUCAUCAACAGAAUGAACCCUUGUGAACUGCACUGCCGUCCACUGAAUGAACAUUUUUCUGACAAGAUGCGGGACGCCGUCACUGAUGGGACACCGUGCUACGAAGGCAACAAAAGCAGAGAUGUGUGCAUCAAUGGCAUCUGUAAGAAUUUAGGCUGUGACUAUGUGAUCGAGUCCAGUGCUGUAGAGGAUCGCUGUGGAGUUUGUCAUGGAAAUGGCUCCACCUGUACAACUGUGAGGAGAACAUUUGAGGAGACUGAAGGACUUGGUUAUGUAGACAUUGGACUGAUCCCAGAGGGAGCCUGGGACAUUCGCAUUGAGGAGGUGGCUGAAGCUGGGAAUUUCUUGGCCCUAAGAAGUGACAACCCCAACAAGUAUUUUCUAAAUGGCGGCUGGACGAUCCAGUGGAACGGAGAGUACAAGGCAGCCGGGACAGUAUUCACCUAUGAGAGGACAGGACACCUGGAGAACUUGACGUCUCCUGGGCCUACCAUGGAACCACUGUGGAUUCAGCUUCUCUUUCAGGAGACCAAUCCAGGAGUGCGGUACGAGUACACAAUCAGUCGCAAUGUCUCGGAGGACAAUGACAUCCCUGCGUCAGUUUUUUUCUGGAAAUAUGGUUCAUGGACUGAAUGCAGUGUUACCUGUGGAACAGGUGUUCAGAGGCAGAUUGUUCACUGUGUGGAAAAGACUACAGGGAUAGUGGAGGAGCACUUCUGUGACCCUUUAACCCGACCUGACAAUAACCAAACCAGCUGUCAAAAGGAUCCAUGUCCAGCAAUAUGGUGGGUCGGGGAAUGGCAGAAAUGCUCGGCGAGCUGUGGGAGCUCGGGCCAGACUAAAAGGACAGUGCUCUGCAUCCAGGCUGUAAGUACUGAGGAGCAGAAAGCGCUGCAGCCCCGUGAAUGUGAACACAUACCCAAACCUGAGUCACUAUCCUCCUGUAACACACACAUCCCCUGCCCAGCAGACUGGACCACUGGCAACUGGUCAAAGUGUUCGCUGACCUGUGGAGGUGGAAUACGUCGCCGUAACGUAACCUGCUCUAGAAACACAGGCGUUGACUGUGACCCUCAGAAGAAGCCCCAUUCUGUGACUACCUGCAACAUCCAAGACUGUCCACAAGUGGUGGAUAAUUUUGGCGGUACCGACUGGUCUGGAAGUGGCUGGUCAAGCAAAGAAGUGCUCAAUGAAAUUAACUCUAUACCUGAAGUAAAACCUCCUCCCAAAUACAGCACCACCAGAGCCCAGCCAAAAAGUAAUAACAAUAAUAACCUCAACAGCAUUGUUGAGGGAGAUUUUCACUACCACAAUAACAUUGAAAAUAUUGACAACUCUCGGGAAAACAGUGUUCAAGUUGAUGAUUUUUACUAUGACUAUAACUUUAUCAACUUCCAUGAAGACUUGUCAGAUGAUUUUGAUGGAAAAGAUCCAGAAUUCAAUGCACCCCAGGAGGUCAAGCCAACUGGCAGUGUGAAAGAAAACACUUACACGGAAACUACAAGAGCUCCUUCAGCCAUUUCUACAGCUUCAAAUGCCUACACUGAAACGGAAGAGCCACAGAACACCGAUCUGGACAAUAUGAAGGACAAUGGAGCAACAAAGGAGUCUAUACAAACAGAUUCUGAAGAUUUGGACGACUUCCUUUCUGAGGAUUAUCUUCUGCCUGCGUAUACCACUCACUCACCGCCAUUGUCUACAACUCCUCAAACACCCAAAGAGACACAUAUUGAGGAUGUGUGGCAGCCUGAAAACAUUAGUAGCACUAGUCUGGUUCUCACUACAGAGGAGCCGACACAGGAUGUGAAAUGGGAACAAUAUGGGGAGGAGGCUGAAAAUAACUAUGACAUCUUCACUGAGGAUGUGACUCCAAAACAUGCUGCUCCCACUCCCACACACCAAACCACUAUCAGUACUAUUGCCGCUGGAACAGAGAGAACUCCGGAGAUGGAGCGCCAUCACGAUUAUGAGUACAGCUACAAUGAAAAAAGUAUUGAAGGUGCGGAUAUCUCUGCAGAACAGGAAGAUGUAGAGAGUCUAGAACCUUUAGGCUCUCCCAUGCCAGAAACCGUAGUUAAGACUGAGGUUCAAGUGGACACAAGUGCUUCAGAAAUACCUCAAACUACCAGUCAAUCAGCGAUACAUCCAACUGCCUUCACAGUGGAGGAUCCGACCUUGGAUCAGACUAAUUUUAAUAGAGUUUAUGCCACUAACGAGGGUAAUUCAUGGGAUACAGACCUCAGCACAAGCUCACUUCCUGCCUCUGAAACGUCCACUCCUCUUCCCUUUCUGCUAAUCUCAGGUAACCAAGAGGCCUCAGAUGAGUCCACAUCAAUAACUGGAACAGAAAUCAUACCUCCUACAAACCUGGAGGGAGCCACUGUGCUUCCUCCAGCUGAUUUUCUGCCAGACACAAAGAAACAUAUGCCGACCAAACCUGCCUUCACUGCAACAACUGGAACAGAUUCCCAAGCUCCAUCGUCUGAUUCAGCUGACUUUGACUACAAUGAGAUAAUCGUUCCACCAAUGCUGAGGAGAAGCAGUAACACUGAUCCCGACACUUCUUUUCAGCUUCCAACAAAAGCUGAAAUGACUCCUCAGCACAGCACAACACCAGUACAACACAUGGAAUCAGCAACAUCUACUGUGUCCAUUUUGCCAACCCAUCCACCUCCUCUAAGGCCAUUUCCUGUGCUGACAUCUGCCCCAACUUCCGCCUCCACACAAGUCACUACUGCCGCCUACUGGGUCACCGGCAACUGGAGCGCUUGCUCUACCAGCUGUGGUCUGGGUGCCAUCUGGAGGGCGCUGGCCUGCAGCACUGGCUCUGACUCUGACUGUGAUCCGGCAAAGAGGCCUGCACCGGCCCAGAGAUGUUACCUGCGCCCCUGCUCCACAUGGAACGUUCAGGAAUGGAGUAAGUGUUCCAAGAAUUGUGACGGCGGCAUUAAAUCACGAGAGGUUCAGUGUUUUGACUUGCGGGAUCAGCGGCCCCUACGACCUUUCCACUGCAGGGCCAUGUCCUCCAGGCCACACACCCGAAUGGCCUGCAACCUUCAGCCAUGUCUCGACUGGUACACCUCCUCCUGGGGUCAGUGCUCUGAAGUGUGUGGGGGAGGUGAGCAGCAGCGUAUGGUCACCUGCCCAGAGGAGGAUCGAUGCAACGAGGACCUUCAGCCCAGCAGCAUUCAACCAUGUAAUAGCCAACCUUGUGCUCAAUGGCUUACUGGGUCAUGGGGACAGUGUUCGGCUUCUUGUGGUGGCGGAGUGCAGCGUCGACUUAUCAAAUGUGUGAACACGAAGGCGGAGACAGAAGAAGAGGUGGAUCAAGCUCAAUGUGACCAUGAGCCGCAGCCUGAAAGCACCCAGAAGUGUAACCUUCAGGAGUGCGAGAACGCCCCCUCUGGAGAAGUUUGCCUUCGUGAUCGAGUAUCAUUUCGUUUCUGUCAGACUCUCCGCUUGCUGAGUCGAUGCCACUUGCCCAAUGUUCGUGCACAGUGCUGCAAAACCUGCAGCCAUCGAUCCCGCUCCAGCAGCACGUCUCGCCACUGAGCUGAAACCAAGUAACCACUCACCCACAGGAACACUGACGAAACAGAAAUUUUCUUUUAAAGUCAACAAUCUGAGCCCUUUCCUGAGUUAUUUGCCACUAGAGAUUAAGUGUGAAUUAGUCCCACUCCAAAACUCAGCGUGUUUGUGCCGGUUACUUUAUCAUACAGGGCUGACACUAAUUGGAAAAAUAACAAAGCCUCUGUUUUAGCGAAAUAAUGAGAAUGUAAAUAUUUGUUUGCACUUUUUAUACUAUGCCGUUUGACCAGAGUCGAUUUUUUUCUCUUAACAUGUGGUGCUACAUAAGGACUCUCCAAUGAAUGUAGCCAGCUUUAUAAUGCAUUAUUACACAUGUAGAUAAACCACUCAUUCACCUUAACGUUUGGUACAAUGCUUUCAUUUUAUUGACAGCAGCAGAAACUGUACAGAUUAAAACAGGUAUACAAUGCGCAAUGUGUUUUUUACGUAUAUUGUGGGAGUUGGUGAGAUGGGCAUAACGCUAGGUAGGUGUGUAGGUUACUGAGGAGGAAGUAGUUAAAGUGUUGUGUAUAUUCUGAUGACUUUUCAGCUGAUAGGUGUGUAUACUGUAAACAGCCAGAAUAAGGGGUGGGUAUAUGUACCUGUGCAUACCCUCCACUACACCACAUUUAGUGGUACAAGUUUUAUAAAGCAAAAACUAAGUGGUGCAUUAGAGCUUCAUGAGACAUUUAAAAAUAAUUGACUGUUUGCUAAGUCCCGCCCCUUUAUUGCUAUGCCUGUCAAGCUUUUGAUCAUGUAGAUUUACUAUUCAUUUUUUUCCAGUAAUUUUAAUGUAAUUUUUAAACAAUGGGUCCUUGACUUUAGACAGAAAUAGACAAAAAGCAGCCUUAUUAUCAGAAGUAGCUAAUUUAUCAUGAUCUGUAAACCACCUCAGGCUGACUUUGUGAUGUUUUUUAAAAUGAAAACCCUAUGAAGGACGUCUUGCACUUGAUGGCAAGUUCGUCUCCUCACAAGUUGAUGAAUCAUGUAAUAAAGAAACAGCAUUGUUUUUGUAUCGCAUUGUGGAGCUAGUUAGCCAUAGUAUUUUAAGUAUGUCAUUCUGAUAUAGUUUGGAUGCAUAGCUUACAUACAAGCCGGUGGAUUCAAGCUUUAAUGUAAUAUUUUCCAUCAAAAUGGUUUUAUUUUAAUCUUACUAGAGAAAAGGCUUUAGAGAAAUUGACUAACCAAUUUGUUUGGCAAACAGCGCACAGAUGUCUUGAGCAGUGGGCAGAGCCAGAUGUUGUAAACUGUUUGGGCUCAACCCAGAUCAAGAGGGCUCUGGGGGCACGUAAACAGAUUUUUAUUCCCAUUCACAGCACUUUUGUUCUAGUUGAAACUUCUACAUACUGAGCAUCAGUCUCACUACAGAAAUCCAAAUCUUGACAGGACUGCAGUGCCUAUUUAUGUUUUAUAAGAUAUGACUGGACAAUCACUGUUUGGAGGAGAGGCUCAGCAAACACUCACUGUUUAUGUUUAAUGUCCACAGCAGCUUGUAAACUGUUUGUUUUUUUUUAAAUGUAGCCUAAUAAAUCAGUAGCAGCUGUGCAAUGCUCCACUUUGGCUUUGCCAUACUCAUUUUUUAAAAAAGUCACAAAGAAAAAUAUACACAAAAAAAGAAGGAAAGUGGAGGAACUACAUGGUGCUACACAGGCUCUAAACAUUUCGGGUCAGGUAUUGGCAGGCCCAGUGCCUUAUUGAAUAGUGGAUAAUUUGAUGGUAUUGAUUUUAUUAACCACUGAAUAGAAAAAUGAGUCAAACUCAGCGUAAUAGAAUAUGUUUUUGGAGGGACUCACUAAGUCAGUGUCAUAUCACAUUAGGUUUACUAUACAGCAUAUUAAGGAUUCAGCUGUGUAUAUAGCACUGUGGCUGCCGCAGUCACGCCGGGGCAGCCGCAGUGCCAUCAUAUCCUCCUGUAUCUCUUUGUGCUUUCUAAUAUUAAAAAGGAACAUCUGUAGAGAAGCUUUCUUGCAAUAUUGAACUUCAUAGAUUGUUACAGGAAAAAAAGAGGGGGGGAAAUCAAUGUUGUGCUUUUAUGAAAUACUGUAAGUUGAGAUAAGGUGCUUGUAGAUCAUAGAUCAUCCCAUUAAUAGAGUUCUUAACGCAGCGCUGCAGCUUCACAGAAACAUUUCUUUCCUGGAAGUGCGGAGCAUGAUGCUCUGGAGCUGCGGUGUUGUAUAAAUAUGUGUAAGGCAUUUCAAGUAGUUUUAUUCCACAUGUUGCAAAACUUUUUGUGUUGACGAACAAAUUGUCAUCAAACAACAUGAAAAACAGGAACCAAGAUGAAGUAUAGUUAAAUCUCACAGAGUUGGAAUAAGUAUUAAAAUUAGUUACACCUGCCUUGUCUGCAUACAUUAUGUAUACAUGGAAAUGGCUUUUAAUGUUUUAAAGUUCAUUUUUCUUUAAGGUUUACAGUUUUAAGGUUGUUGCUGUCUUCAUGCCUGCAAGCUUUUAGUUCUAGUGCAGCACGUUUGGAGUUUCCAGCGUUGUGUUCACAGACUGAGCAGACCGGUAGUCUGGGACGUUGAUAACAUUAAUAAUAACAUUCAAAUUUUUCCCCCAGUGCUGAAAGCACGCUGAACAGUGGCAAAGUGCGGCCUCGAGAUGCUGCAGUCAUUUCUUCCUGCCAAACUAAUACUUGGGAAUAGUUUAAUUUUUGGCAGUGAAUUGCGGCCAGAUAGCACCCUCAGUCAAUCAGUUCUACACAUUCUCAUCCCAAGUCAUCACAUAUUGCCACUUUGCAGUGGACUUCCAAGUCUGCAUAUUACACUCUAGGUAUCCUUCUGCAUCUGCAAUUGACGAUCCAGGAUGCAGCUACCGUGAUGUCAACAAUAGCACAUGGUGGGAUUAUGCUGCACGUGGUUACGUUUAGGCAACAACAACACAAAGCAACCAACAUAACAGAGUCCAGGGUUUGUUGGAUCCUCCAUUUUUCCCUUUAUUGAUAGUACAGCUUAAUGUAGAUAGGAAAGGUGGGAGAGAGAAGGGCUCGAACCCGAGCCACUGCAGAAGCCUCAGCCAUACUCCAGGUCGCCCUGACUGCUGUGACAUUUUAAACUAUGUUAGAAAGAAUUUCUUACCGCCAGUAAUACAUGAAUGUCAUUAUUGCGUUGAGCGGCACUUUGCUGCUGUU